UCAAUUUUAUUGAGGUUUUAUUUUGUGAAAGGAGAUAUUUAGGCAGAAAACACCAAAACCCUCCGUCCUCGGGGUUUUCUAUUCCUCAAGCUUCUUCUCCUCCUUCAAUUCUCCACACUCUUCUGUUACUCUCAGGUCUCUUGUUAGGUAAGAAGGAAACAAGAUGGCUACUUAUGUUUCACCGUGUUUUACUCCUUCCGACACUCGUCUCCUCACUGUCCUUAGAAAGAAUGUCUCCCCUUUAGGCAGAGCACACUCCUUAAAGAUGACUGAGAGUAAGAAAAACGGAUUCUUUGUUGCUGCUGCUCAGAGACCCGAAUCUUCUCCAAGGCAUUCCCAUAGCCAAGACCCUUUCUUAAACCUCCACCCUGAGAUCUCAUUGCUCAGAGGCGAAGGAGGAGUAGGAGGAGGAGCCAACACAGUAUCCAACCCCAGGAAGGAAGCUAGCUCUAUGGUUCCUCUCACCGAGGACUUCGACGAGCCCUCUGCUCCUAGUGGCUAUAAUGAGGCGAGGAUUAAAGUUAUUGGCGUGGGAGGCGGUGGAUCAAACGCUGUGAACCGUAUGAUAGAGAGCGAGAUGAUGGGAGUAGAGUUCUGGAUUGUGAACACUGAUAUUCAGGCAAUGAGGAUGUCUCCUGUUCUGUCUGAGAACAGGUUGCAGAUUGGUAAGGAGCUGACUAGAGGUUUAGGCGCUGGUGGGAACCCGGAGAUUGGUAUGAACGCUGCUAAGGAGAGUAAAGAAGCUAUUGAAGAGGCUCUUUAUGGUUCGGACAUGGUCUUUGUCACAGCUGGAAUGGGAGGUGGGACUGGUACUGGAGCAGCUCCUGUGAUAGCUGGAAUCGCUAAGGCCAUGGGGAUACUGACUGUUGGUAUCGCCACGACGCCGUUCUCGUUUGAGGGGAGAAGAAGAGCGGUGCAGGCUCAAGAAGGGCUUGCUUCGCUGAGAGACAAUGUAGACACGCUCAUUGUUAUUCCGAAUGAUAAGCUGCUUACGGCUGUGUCUCAGUCUACUCCUGUGACGGAGGCUUUUAAUCUGGCUGAUGAUAUACUUCGUCAGGGAGUUCGUGGGAUCUCUGAUAUCAUCACGAUUCCUGGUUUGGUGAAUGUGGAUUUUGCUGAUGUGAGAGCUAUAAUGGCGAAUGCAGGUUCUUCAUUAAUGGGUAUAGGAACUGCAACAGCAGGGAAGAGUAGGGCAAGAGAUGCUGCACUAAACGCAAUACAGUCACCUUUGCUAGAUAUUGGCAUUGAGAGAGCCACUGGGAUCGUUUGGAACAUCACUGGUGGAACCGACUUGACUUUGUUCGAGGUAAAUGCAGCUGCGGAGGUUAUAUAUGAUCUUGUUGAUCCAACUGCUAAUCUUAUUUUCGGAGCUGUUGUGGAUCCAUCCCUCACCGGUCAAGUGAGCAUAACUCUCAUAGCAACGGGUUUCAAGCGGCAAGAGGAAGGAGAAGGAAGGGCAGCUCAGAUGGCACAAGCAGAUACAGCCUCAACUGGAGCUACAAGAAGACCUUCUUCCUCCUUUAGAGAAGGUGGUUCGGUGGAGAUUCCAGAGUUCUUGAAGAAGAAAGGCAGCUCUCGUUAUCCCAGAGUCUAAUAAGUCUGAGAUAUAUGAUCACUAUCCUGCAACGUUGUGUCUUUGAGAUACAGCAAGAUGUUUUGAUGUAUGAUCAAGAAUUGUGUGGGUGGGUGGGUGGGUGUGUGGAACGCCUAGCUGCUGUGCUGUGACUUGAAUAGGUUUUUUGUUUUAGAGAUGUGAUGUUAUGAUGAUUGGUUAUGUGAUGUCUCUAUGACUUUUAAAAUUAGACAAAAAAAAGUCUUUUAAUGAUGAGCUGCAAAUCCGUAUUAUCAGUGAUGGUUGUAUAUCACUUAACACACUUAAGGUGGGACCUUGUGAUGAGUUUGAAUAUUACCAAUGUAACACACACUCUCCUCGUAUCUUGUUUCCUUCUUUCUCUACCACACAUAUCAUCUUAUCUCUUUGACAACAACAGAAUAAAUGUCCCAAUCAACAGUGAGAGAGCCAUCACAAAUCUUUCCUCUUGGUUUGUCCAUUCUAUGAUCUCGUUUUAAACUUAGCUUCUCUCUCUUUUUCAAAGGUUUCCUUUCUUCUCUUCCAUACAAAAUAUGAUUGAUUACAUACUCGGUAAAAGCCUUCAAAAUAUGAGUUAAUAUUUUGAGUACCACUCCCCAAAAGCCACAACAUAACUCAUGUUUUGUGGGUUUCUACCGAGUAUGGAGGAAAUCUCGAGAUUUGUGUAUGAAUGCUGCUAGGGAGAGCAAAGGAGAGGCUCUUUAUGGUUCAGAUAUGGUCUUUUUAAUCUAAGCUAAUGUCAUUAGCAAAUGCUUUAACAGCUUAUCUUUGUCUUUCGCUUUGCAGAUUCAUGGUUUGGUGAAUGUGGAUUUUGCUGGGGGUGAGAGCUAUUUGCAGUCCUGAGUCUUGACCAGCUUCUUUAGUGUCGGAUUGCUUUUAUUUUAAAUAUUCAUGGUGGAUGUUAUUGGUUUAAUGCAACGAUGUAGUUUAUAUCUGUUGUUUUUACACUUAUCAACCUUUUCAGCUCAUUAUGGAUCUUUACGUCGAUUUUUACUUAUGAAUAUGUGGUUUCUGCUUUUACUCCAUUCCCUAUGUACAUCAGCUAUAUGGAAUGAGAUGUAGAAACACAACUUUCAUUGUCUUGUUUAA